UGUCAGUCACUUGGUUCCUGUCUCAACAGCAGCAUGUCAUGUGGGACCAUGGCUAAGGGAGGCCAGGAGUCCUGGAAGCCCAGCAGUGAGACAGGGCAGGGCUGGGUGAAGUGGUGAUCCCUAAAAGGGACCCUGCAGCAGCAGAUCUGGAAGUUUCUCUCAGAACUCCUGGAGGACGGGGACAUGGACAAGGCAAGCUUGCUGUUCUCCAUAUGGGACCCCACAGUGUCCUGGGCAGCAGAGUGGUGGAUCUGGUAGGGAUGGAGGAAGCUGAAAUACCCUGGCUAAAUGCCUUGUAUAGGUUAAAGCUCUGGGUGACCCUGCCAGGCUACUCCCCCCCCCCCCGGCCUGUACUGGGUCAUUGCAUCUCCAGAUUGGGGGUCGGGGGUGAGAGGGAGAGGAAUCUUAUCUCCAAGAUACAGGUUAGGCCACCAGGGCCAGCUGGAGGGAAGCCAGCCAAGCCUAGACCUGAGGCUGGGACGAGCCUUCCUGCUCUGGAGUGGAUGCCAGCCCCUGCCCACCAGUCUGCCUGUCCACGUCAGGGACACACAGACUCCUUCCCUUUCCAGACUGGAAAGCCCCCUCCUGGGGCAGCAGCAAGAAAGGAAGUGACCUGCAGCUCUUCCUAGUCCACCCAGGACCUUGGGCUGAGCUUACAGCUCCAGGUUUGUGUGCCCACAGGUCCCUAGGCCGGGAGAGAUGUGCAUCCUUUGGCCGUCCUGAAGGCAGCUCUGAGUCUGCCCUGGAGGACAUGUGCUAAGUGAGGUCUCGUCAGACUGUGAUGGGGCCUUUCCUAAGGAUUGUGAUUCUGUGAACAAGGCAGUGCCUGGAGGUGGCAGCGGUGGGGCGCCGAGGUCUCUGAGAACAGCAGUUUGUGAUGCCCGAGGGUCCGCAGGAACAGGGCCAGCUCUGGGGAGUUGGGGGAAGUGGGUGUCACUACAGGGAGGAGCCUCUGUGACCUCCUGGGGAAGUGCAGUUGCUGUCUUCGGGUGUCCCGGGGUUGUGUGGUGGGACCAUGGAUGGGGGUGCUCCUCUGGAGAGGUGGCCACUUCUGCUUACAUACUCACAAAGGGGCUAUCCUUCUCCCGAGGGCAAGCAGGAGUCCUGUCCCUCCUCUGUACGCCUAGCUGGUCAUCUCCAGGGACCAGCAGGGUUGGGCAGGGGGCCCUGGCUUGGUCUUCUUCCUGUCUCAAUUCCCUCUUCCAGCAGAGGACAGGACUAGAUAGUGGUUGAUGCCAAAAAACUGAAGGGGUAGGGGUGGGGCAGAAGUGGGAAGGGCCCUGGCUUCCCUCACCUUGGGUAGAUGAAAGGAAAGCAUCAGGGCCUGAGUUGAGUGAGAUGCAGCUGUGAUUUCAGGGUGCCUCUAUUGGGGAGGCAGCUGUGAUUUGAAAACCUCGUUUCCUUGGGUGACUGACUUCAGAAGCUCUGGAUGAAUUGUGCUGGGUGCAACCCAACCCGGAGGCUGCGGGCCUGGGGGGGCCUGGCUGGAGCACUCAUGGCCCUCUGGCUCCUUUGGCAGCUGGAAUCAGCUCCUGGGGGUGCCCCAGCGCCUCAGCCCACGGUCACCAUCCUUAUCUGGCACUGGCCUUUCACUGACCGGCCCCCAGAGCUGCCCCGUGAUACCUGCAGUCGCUAUGGCAUGGCUCGCUGCCUCCUGAGUGCUAACCGGAGCCUGCUGGCCAGCGCAGAUGCUGUUGUUUUCCACCACCGUGAGCUGCAGACCUUGCAGUCUCGCCUGCCCCUGAAACAGAGGCCGCGUGGACAGCCUUGGGUCUGGGCCUCCAUGGAAUCUCCCAGCAACACCCGUGGUCUCCAUCACUUCCGAGGCAUCUUCAACUGGGUGCUGAGCUAUCGGCGUGACUCGGAUAUCUUUGUACCCUACGGUCGAUUGGAGCCCUACUCUGGGCCUACACCCCCACUGCCGGCCAAAAGCAAGAUGGCUGCCUGGGUGGUCAGCAAUUUCCAGGAGCGGCAGCAGCGUGCAAAGCUGUACCGGCAGCUGGCCCCUCACCUGAGGGUGGAUGUGUUUGGACGUGCCACUGGACGGCCGCUGUGCGCUAACUGUCUGCUGCCCACUGUGGCCCGGUACCGCUUCUACCUGUCCUUUGAGAAUUCGCAGCAUCGAGACUACAUCACCGAGAAGUUUUGGCGCAAUGCGCUGGCAGCCGGUGCUGUGCCUGUGGUGCUGGGACCUCCCCGGGCCACCUACGAGGCUUUUGUGCCACCAGAUGCCUUUGUACACGUGGAUGACUUCAGCUCAGCCCGCGAGCUGGCUGUCUUCCUGGUCAGCAUGAAUGAGAGUCGCUAUCAGCGCUUCUUUGCUUGGCGAGACCGGCUCCGUGUGCGGCUCCUGGGUGACUGGAGGGAACGCUUCUGCACCAUCUGUGCCCGCUACCCUUACCUGCCCCGCAGCCAGGUCUAUGAAGACCUUGAAAGCUGGUUCCAGGCUUGAACUUCUGCUGCUGGGAGAGGCUGUGUGGGUGGAAGGCUGAUGUUGAAACCAAAGCCCUAGGCAUCCAGCCUCUUGGGUCACUCUGGGACUAACCUGAGGCUCGAGUCGGUGAACAGGAAGCCGGGAUAUGAGUAGAGCAGGAGGGGCCGGAGAAGCCAUCUGGAUGACGAAGCUGGUGGACUUCAGAGUCGGGGUCCCCGGAAAGAGAUAACAGAAUGGAGGGAAUUAAUGAGCAUAUCGUACAAGCUAAUCAAUCAGGAAAGACGCUUGAGGGUCCCCAACUUUCCUUGAAUACGCUGCCUACGGCUCAGACGAAUCAGGGAGGCAGUAUUUCUGGAGCUGGGAACAUCCCAGGCUGUGAUUUGUGGGUACAAAACCUUAGACCCCUGACCCUCCACAAUCAAGGUGCUAGCCUUGGGGACCCAGGUGCAUAUUCUAGAACUCUGGGUGAAGACCAUAUG